AUGCAUCGCUUACAAAUAAUAAGUGCCAAAAUAUGUGGAUCAUCAGUCACCAACUCUGUACUUCCACAAGCUGGUCGCAAAUUUUUUUCAACGAAUUCAAAAUUAUUGGCUGUUGCAGUGGAAGUUAAUCAGAAAACUGCAGACGUAUCCUGGGAAGAAGCAAAACCAUUUUCGCAAAUUCCUCGAGUCGAAGCACUUAAAUUAAUGGUGAAUCUUUUCCCAGGAGGAAAAUUUUACAAAAAGAAUAUAUUGGAAAUGAAUUAUGUUUUUACAAAAGAAUAUGGAAAUAUCAUAUUAGCGAAAGGAACUUUUGGAAAACCUGAUACUUUACUUAUUUACAGCCCACAAGAUUUUGAGAAGGUAUAUCGCAAUGAAGGUAUCUGGCCUUACAGACGAGAUUUCGAAAUUUUCAAUCAUUUUCGCAAAAAUAUACGAGCGGACGUUUAUGGAGAGAACGCUGGUCUUCUUGUAGAGUAAGAAAAAAUACAUUAUCAAGAAUAAUUAAUAUU